UCCAUAAGCGCCAACUACGCGAAAGCGCGUUUUAAAACGUUCAAAAUGCCCACGCAAAGCGGACGCAGCAAGAAAUUGCUGACACUCAAAGUGCCCCCAAAAGUUUGAGCGCUCUACAUGGUAAUCCCACACUUUUUGCACGUCCAAAACAUGGCAAUCAAGGGCAUUUUGUAAUUCAACCCUCCAUGGUGAAUCAUGGGAUGGGGGAUCAUGGAUUUAAACCGUAUUGUAACCGCUUUGCGCCACUGUGGAAGAGUUCAAGCUCCUAAUCUUGGGAGAACACUUCACUCUAAUUUGAUCAAACUUGGGGUUUUGAACAACGUGUUCCUUGCCAACAAUUUGAUUGCCAUGUAUGUAGACUUUUGUCAUCUGCAAGAUGCACACAGGGUGUUCGACGAGAUGCCUGAUAGAAACGUGGUUACGUGGACCACCAUGGCUUCUGCGUAUACUAAUAGUGGAAGACCUCACGAAAAAGCUCUCAUAAUAUACACCCAGAUGUUACGGUUUGGUUCAGAGGAACCAAAUGGUUUUAUGUACUCUGUGGUCCUUAAAGCGUGUGGUCUGGUGGGUGAUCUUGAAUUGGGUAGAUCAAUUCAUAAAAGAAUUUCUGGAGGUGGAUUCCAGUUUGACAUUGUUUUGAUGAAUACCCUUUUGGACAUGUAUGUCAAAUGUGGGAGUUUGAGUGAUGCCAGGAAAGUUUUCGAUGAGAUUUUGCGCAAGAAUGCAACUACAUGGAACACAAUCUUAUCGGGGUAUUGUAAAGAAGGUUUAAUGGAAGAGGCGGUGGACUUGUUUUGUCAAAUGCCAGAACCGAAUGUUAUAUCCUGGAACAGCAUCAUUUCUGGUUUUGCGGAUAAUGGACGCCUGCAGGCAUUAGACUUUGUACAUGUGAUGCACCGAGAAGGCCUUAAGCUUGAUGGAUUCACAUUCCCUUGUGCUCUUAAAUCUUGUGCUUGUCAUGGUUUCUUAACUACCGGGAAACAAAUCCACUGUUAUGUUGUUAAGUCCGGUUAUGAGUCUAACUGUUUUACUGUAUCAGCUCUGGUUGAUAUGUACUCAAAUUGCAAUGCAUUAAAUGAGGCAAUAAAGCUAUUUAAUCUAUACUCUAGGUAUAUUGCUUCUGUUUGUGAUAGCUUGGCACUUUGGAAUUCCAUGCUUUCUGGCUAUGUUGUCAAUGAACACUAUGGAGUGGCUCUGAAUCUGGUUUCCCAAAUCCAUCGGUCAGGUGCAUAUUUUGACUCCUACACUUUCAGUGGUGUUUUAAAGGUCUGCAUCAACUUACUUGAUUUCAGACUUGGGCAUCAAGUACAUGGUUUGGUUGUCACCAGUGGGUAUGGGUUAGAUAAUGUUGUUGGAAGCAUUCUGAUUGAUCUAUACUCAAAACAUGGAAAUGUUAAGGAUGCAUUAGGAUUGUUUCAUAGGCUUCAGAAGAAAGAUAUCGUUGCUUGGUCUGGUUUGAUUACAGAGUGUACUAGAAUGGGAUUAAGCUCAUUAGUAUUUUCUCUGUUUAAAGAUAUGGUUAAUAUGGAUCUUCAAGUAGAUUAUUUUGUUAUUUCAAAUGUUUUGAAGGUCUGUUCAAGUUUAGGAUCUAUUAGAAGUGGCAAACAGGCUCAUGCUUUCUGUGUUAAGAGUGGAUAUGACACAGAGGAGGUUACAGUUACAGCUCUCAUUGACAUGUAUGCAAAAUGUGGUGAAAUUGAGGAUGGGUUAGCUUUGUUUGAUUGUAUGCCAGAAAAAGAUUCUGUAUGUUGGACUGGGAUCAUUGUGGGGUGUGGACAUAAUGGAAGGGCAAUGGAAGCAAUGAAAUUUUUCUGUCAGAUGGUAGAAUUGGGUUUAAAGCCAAAUGAAAUUACCUUUACAGGUGUUCUUUCUGCCUGUAGACAUGCUGGUUUGGUUGAAGAGGCGUGGACCAUAUUUAUGUCCAUGAAAACUGAACAUGGAGUGGAACCUCAAUUGGAGCACUAUAAUUGCAUGGUUGAUCUUCUUGGCCAAGCUGGAUGCUUCAAAGAGGCAGAAAAAUUGAUUGCUGACAUGCCAUUUGAGCCAAACAGAACUCUAUGGUGCUCGUUGCUUGGGGCCUGUGGAACUCACAAGAAUAUGGAACUGGUUGAUAUUAUUACUGAACACCUUCUUGCAUCCUCACCAGAAGACCCUUCAGUAUACGUGACACUUGCAAAUGUUUAUGCAACAUUGGGAAUGUGGGAUAGUUUAAGCAAGGUGAGGGAAGCUGUCAGGGAAGUGGGCAUGAAAGAAGCUGGAAAAAGCUGGAUUGAGAUCUCAGGUUAAGCAAUCCUGCUUCACUGUGUUGCAAUGGUGCAAUUGGUUCGCCUUAUACUUGAACGAAGUGUUUCCACCUUGGUGUGUGAUGGAACAGAGUCCAUCUGAAGUUAAGACCCUAUAUGUGUCAAACAACUGAAUCACAUUAACGAGAUACAGAAACAUCAUGAUGUAUGUGACUUUCGUAAGGAUCUUGAAAAGGAGAUAGUGCUUGGCAGCAAGUUUUGCAGAGAUAUUGCAUUCCAGUUGAUGGGUGAUUGAUAUGAUUGGCUUUGCUACUUGUACCAUGGUUGCUUUAAAUUAUAGGGAUCUGUGAUGGUGAAGCUUGGAGGGUUGUGAGCAAGAGUAAUUAAAGAGAAGAUUUGUGGAAUUGAUGGCCAAGAGAAAAGGUGGUUAAAGAAGAGAAUCAGGAGGAAAAUGCUUGGUUCUCCUUUGGUGCUUUUACUUGGGGUUGAUUCGCACGAUCCAUUCACAUCCAGUAUAAUUUGAAGCUACUUUAUGAAGGUUUCAUGAAGAUCUCACCACAGUCAGGGCAAGAACAGAUGCUACUCCUGAGAGAAGGAUCUCUGGUGAAACCAAGUACAGGAUCUACCACCAUUCUACACUCAUAGCAGCCAGAGAAUCUCCUGAAAGGCAUUCCCCUAAAAGACCCACCAAUGGAUGAAUUGGAAGAUGCAGAGAAUGAAGAAGCAGUGGAAACAACUCCAUUGAGUUCAUGCAGAGGAGCUUUCAUGGAUCUGCUAGAAGCAUCAUUGCUGGCAUUGCUGCUUGAACCCAUUGAGGACCUUUUCUUGUGGACUUCCGGGGAUCCUGUUUCAGGUCUAUGCAUGACCUUGGUGUUGCUACAGAGUGAACCAGAGCACUUCAUUUUCUUGCAUUUCUUGCCAUUCUCCUCCACGGCUUGCUCAUGUUGUUGCUUUUGAUGCUCUUUCUGUUGCUGUCGCUUUUGUUGCUGCUGCUGCUGCUUUUGUUGUUGUUGGUGUUGAGUUUGGAGAUCUUUGCAGGUCAAUAGGCCUCUUAAAACUGACCAAGAUGGAGUUUUCUCAGAUUUUAGGGGCUGCUGGUUUUGGUCUUGGUGCAUUUGCUUGGUAGGUUUUGUUUGGUUUUUGGGUUUAGCCAUUGAAAAUGAGAUCUAACGAAUGGUGAGUUUCAGUCUUCCAGAAUAUCACAUCAGAUGCUUUAGAGACAUGAACUGAAGCAGCUGGGGGAGAGUGGAGCUUCCUUGUGGGGGCUCUUUGACAUCUACAUGUUCUAAUUUAUAUAUUUUUGGCUGUGUUCAAGGCACAGUAAAUGAUGCGCAUCUGACCGUUGAAUUGCGAAGAGAGAUUCAUAUUUCAUGGAUUGGUGGUAUUCUAUCGUAGCUAGGAGAAGAAAGAGAUAUGGGUCCCCCACACAUUAACAUUACUCAAUGGACUGUCUUUAUUGCCCGGUAACAUACGUCCUGACUGUCAGGAUAGAGCGCCUAAAAUUGUAUGCAUUCGAUGGUUGUGAUAUAUUUUAAAGGAGUCAACUUUUUGGUCUUAA